AUGGCGAACUCCAAUACUACUAAUCCGCCACCGGGAGGGGGAACUUGGGCGACACCACACGACUGGGCGACGCACCGCGCCACCAUCACGGCCUUGUAUGAAGGCCAAAACAUGACCCUCAAAAAGAUCAUGGACACCAUGGAAAAAGACCAUAAGUUCAUCGCGACAGAGAGAAUGUAUAAGUCGCGUCUCAAGCAAUGGGGACUUCGGAAGAAUUACAGAUAUGAAGAAGUGAAUGAAAUCAUCCGUCAGCAGACUGUACGGGCACCUGCUUCGAAGCCCACGAACUCAUCUGCCCUAGUGGGUUCCCGUGCGCGCAAGACAGAUGGUCGACGGGGCCGACUUCCUCGCCGUCAACCUGAACCUGAACCUGUUGUCGUGAAGACACCAAACCAUAUGGUGGUCUCCGCACUACAGAGACUCACACCACCUCCGACUGGCAUCAGUUGUCGUGCUCCCUCGCCAACAGCGUUGGCUAAUGUUUCCUUCCUAUUCCCUCUUACACCGCCAGCCGACCUUUUGUAUCCGGAAGAAUGCAGUUUCCACAUCACGAGAUACACCGCCGGUGCGUUCGACAAGGGCAUUUGGGCUCUGGACUCGCCAGAAUGGUUAAAUACGAACCGUGCUGUGGUCGACUGGUUUAACCGAAUGGCUCUAGCACGAGGGGCGCUGGCUGGCGGGCAUACGCAGCAAGGAUUUAAGCUUUUACAGCUUUGCUUCGACGAGUACAAAGAUAUGAUAGUUGCACAAGACCCUCGGUUGAUGCUCUAUACGACCGUAGCUCUUUUCCUCAUGGUCGGUUAUCCGGAAGUUAUCGCCAUGUUCGUCAAAUACAUCUCAAAUUUGUCCCGUAUCUUGCAGGGCCCAUUUCAUCCGCUUCACCAGAUCAUGGCAUCGCUCGAUCAGAUGGGGUUUGCUGGAAUGCAAGAAAAUGCGAGGGCUAUAUUCGAUGCUCAGCUUUCGGAGUUUGAGAAAUAUCUCCCUCCAAAUAAUCAGGUUCUCCAGAGUAUGUUUGUCUUUGCCAUACGUAAUCUGGCUGUGUCUGGCUUGAUCGACAUUGGUGUGGCAGAGGCGAAAGUCAGAGCCCUGCCACGCGAUUCCGACAACGGGCGCGUAGGAAUGGCUUUGGCACAAGUCUUGAUGAUGGCUGCCCGAUAUAGCGAGGCACGAGAUACCAUAGAAGAACUCCUAGCAACCCACAUGGACCGUGUUCGUACCAUAGCAGGUGGUCUCGAUACACUCUUCUUGAUUUGUCGUUUGGAAGGCAACGAUGAACUCAUCCGCGAUGCGUCAUACAGGCGAAUCAGUUUCGCUUCCAAAACCUUUGGUGCCGGCAGCGACUGGGCAGUCGAUGCAUGCUCCGACUAUGAGAAGUACUUGCGCGACAUAGGCGACAACGAAGGUGCAGACCACGUCUUCUCCAAUUUCGGUGUAGAAAUGACGGAGCUCACUAAGGGCGUGAAGGAACUGGAGAUCAAGUGA